UUCACUUCUCUUUCAUGUUCUAUCCAUUCUCUACCUUCCCUUUCUCCAUCCUUGUUUUUUUUUAUUAUUUCAUUUUUACCUUCAAUUUGCCACCCUCAUAAGCUUUAUCACCUAGGUACAUUUUAGAAACCAAACAUGGCUCAAUGACUUAGAAAAUUUUUUAUCCUCAUUUAAGCAUAUGAAUUUCUCAACACUCAAAAAAUUUCACAUUUCUAGUUUCUAGUUAAAAGUAGACCAAAUCCUCUGUUUUCCCCUGUUCUUUUAUUUUUGCAUAUUGUUGUAAAACAACAUGACCUCAACUUCCACUCUAUAUCAAGGUCUUCAAUCUUGUCUAGAGCCUACACUUGUUGAACCACGUGUCCUAAUGAACAAAUUGCCUCCUCCUAUAUCGAAUUUCCCACAAUCUACCACAUUGCUUCAAAUGUCUAAAAUAUCUCCACAAGAAGCAGAAACUGAAGAAGAAAAUGGGCUUAGUUUCAAUGAGUUGCAAAAUCAACAUGAAAAUAGUGACGUGUCUCGUGGCUGGAGCUUCAUACACGAACUGGAAAAUCCAUGUGAACACCCGAAAAAAGGCGAUGAAGAAGUUUAUGUUCAUCCUAUGGUGAAGUCCUCUUCUCUCAAUACAAAGAGUUUGGAAAUGUGCACUGAAAGCUUAGGGAGCGAAACGGGCAGUGACAUUAGUGAAAGCAUGGAAGAAUUCUCUCCUAAUUUCAUGUCCACGAAUUUUCCACGAUCAAAAAGUCGAGAAUUCACGAAACAAUUCAACAGGACAAGUAGUUUUCCACCUCCUCUAACAUCAAUGAGUGGGAAUGAAGGUGUUCAAGUUAGACCUCAUCGGGAAGGUGGUCGUUUAGUAUUAAAAGCAGUGAAAAUCUAUUCUUAUUUGCAAGCUGAACGUGCCCAUGGUAGGCUUAGGCUCUCCUUGUUAAGACAUGAAGAAUGUAGCAUUGGAGAAGAAGAAGAUGAUGAUGAAAAUAGUGGUGAAGAAAAUCAUGAAAUUUGUAGUAGAAAAUUAGGAAGUCAUGAUAUUGGGAUAGGAGAGUAUGCAAGAGCAAGUAGGUGCAAAGCAAGUGAGAGUAGGAAUAAAGGGAUUCCAAGCUGGGAGCCAUUUUGGGUGGCUAUUUCCUAAAUGCUACUACAUUACUCUCCUAUUACUAUUAUUUAUCGAGACCUCGCCUAUUGUUGCUACUAUAUUAAUAUUAUGUUUUUCUCAUUUUUAGUUUUUUAACUUGAUUAUGUAACCGGUAGUUAUUAUGGUUAUUGGACAUGCGAUCCAAUUUACUCUAUUGUUAAUUGGAACACGUCUAUAACUUUUUAUUA